CAAACUGUGCCCAGCCGUCAAGAUAGCCGCGGACUCUAAGCUGUUGUGCGGCUGGGGCGGCUACGCGUUGGAGGGAUGCGUGGACACGCUGCUCCGGCCGCCACAGCCGCAGGCCAGCCAGCUGGGGACGGUGUAUGCGACGAAGAGGAGGCGGCGGAAUGGGAAGAGCAUCAAGCCCCCUUCAAAAGAUGGCGUGACGAAGAGUAACCCCUCGAAGCGACACCGCGAGCGCCUAAACGCGGAGCUGGACACGCUGGCCUCGCUGCUGCCUUUCGAGCAGAACAUCCUCAGCAAGCUGGAUCGCCUCUCCAUUCUGCGGCUGUCUGUCAGCUACCUAAGGACUAAAAGUUAUUUUCAAGUUGUGAUGCACAAAGACAAGGAGGAGCUGCACGGGCACAGGCGCGAGCACUCCGCCUACGACCAUGUCAUGCCCGACGGAGAAAUGUUCCUGCAGGCGCUGAACGGCUUCCUGAUGAUCCUCACAUGCGAAGGCGAGGUGUUCUUCGCGACCCACAGCAUAGAGAGCUACCUCGGCUUCCACCAGUCAGACAUAGUACACCAGUCGGUGUACGAGCUAGUCCACUCUGAGGACCGCGAAGAGCUGCAGCGGCAGCUGCUGUGGAACUCUUUCCUACCUCCUGAAGUCAGCAAUCUGACGCUCCAAGAUGUUUUGAGGCCUGAGAGAGCGCAUCUUCUGGAGAGAAGCUUUACUGUACGGUUUAGGUGCCUUCUAGACAAUACUUCCGGGUUCUUGAGGCUAGACAUCCGGGGCCGAGUCAAGAUCCUACACGGGCAGAAUAAAAAGACGGAAGAACCACCGCUAGCGUUGUUUGCAAUAUGUGCCCCUUUUGGACCACCAAGCUUACUGGAAAUUCCUCAGAAGGAGGUCAUGUUCAAGAGCAAGCACAAACUAGAUCUUUCACUCGUGUCUAUGGAUCAAAGGGGUAAGAUGCUUCUAGGGUACACGGACGCAGAACUGGGGAAUAUGGGGGGUUACGACUUAGUACAUUACGAUGAUCUAGCCUAUGUGGCCAGCGCUCAUCAAGAAUUAUUAAAAACAGGUGCUUCCGGCAUGAUCGCGUACCGCUUCCAGACCAAAGAAGGGCAGUGGCAGUGGCUGCAGACCUCAUCGCGGCUGGUUUACAAAAACUCCAAGCCCGACUUCGUUAUUAGCACACAUAGGCCGUUAAUGGAGGAAGAAGGCCGCGACCUCCUCGGCAAGCGGACCAUGGACUUCAAAGUCAGCUACCUGGACACGGGACUCACAAGUCUGUACUUUUCGGAAACGGAACAGCUUUCAGGCUGCGAGUCUACCGUCACCACCCCGCCCCGAAACGCGCGCCGCUACAAAACACAACUUCGAGACUUCCUUUCCACCUGUCGGAAUAAAAGACGGGUGCCUUCCACCCCUGCUCCGCCUCCUGUAGACUAUCUAGCCGCUGAUGCUGUCGCAGCAGCGUAUACUAACCUAAACGGUGCCUACACCGCACCGUACGGAGAAUACCCUCCAGCUCCUGCCUUACAUUAUGCCCCGCCGCCUUUGGAUGAUAGGUUCCUCACGGCCGAUAAUAUCUUCCAUCAAUAUAAACCACUAUCGUACCAUUACACUCCUUACACGCCCAAUGGCUUCCUAGAACCGGCGCCGCCACCCGGAUAUGACGUGGCGCCGACGUACCAUAGGCCCCCUUCUAGAGAAUACACAUACGUGGAUGCUAGUGGAAGGUACAUGAGUCCUGUAACGGGGCAAGAAAGGAGAUCACCUAGUAUUGUGCCUGGACCGAGUCCCGGUGGGUCCAGCGGGUCUGCGGAACAUGAACGAAUGCAGCAAACGCAGCCAGCAGAGGUGCCCAGACAGACUGUCCUCAUGUGGGGCGCUGGCGGGACGGCUCAAGAAGUACCCGUGGAGUACUCCCCUCCCCAGGUUUGGCGCUACCACCCAUCACAUUACCACACCGCUGAAGCGACACAAUGAUUUUUAGUAGCCUUUUUUGCGUGCAAUUGUUUUGUUUUAAGUAGAUUAUGGGGUUUGAUGAAACUGUCGACGACGACCUACGAUUAUAAGAAACGAUCUUAUAUGUAACGCCAGGAUAUAUUAACAUUUGUGAAUUCAGUGUUCUUAUUCACUAAUAAAAUUAAGAUAACUGGUAAAAUAGGUACCUACAAGGUUUAUUCCUAUAAAUAUAAAGCUCUGUUUGGAAAUUGAAACUGAAAUAAAUGAGCAGCAAUCGUUUGUACCAUCAUCAAAGUUUAGCAAUCAUACUCGUAAAUUCAUUUUAGGAUAAAGGUAAUUUUGACGACAGUUCCAUCAAAUUCGUGUCUUCAAAGUUUUGUCGCGUGACUUCGUUAAUGAAAUAACUAGAUUGUUUAUUUAUAUUAUUUUACUUUUAACAAUAUUAGUUACUAUAAUUACGAAACUUCCUUAUCACGCGUCAAAACAACUUGUUACCAGGAGUUUAUUUCCUUAAGUCUUAUACCUCGCUCAGUCCAGUCUUAGUUUCUUUACUAAGCCUUAGUCCAAAAAUCGUAAGACCAUGUUUCUUACGUUUUUUCGACUUGCUGUAUUUUUUGUAAUGGAUAUCCUAGACAUAUUUUGACAUCGACAACAAACAAAAAACAUUGCCUACUCAUGUGCGUGUUCCUUUUCAAUUUUCCUAUAGCUUAUAACUAAUUGAAUAUUAAAACCAUGGACCGUUCAUUUUUACUGGACGUUACGUCUAGUACUAAAAGUUAUAAAUAGUAUUAUAGCGUUGAUUGACAUCAGUCAUUACAAUUAUUUUGCAUAUCUAUUUUCUACGGAAUGAUUAUCUUUGAAUUGUUGUUUAACACCCGGGGUCUUCGAUUUAAAACAAUUUAAGUGAAGAAUGGUCCAUACGUAUAUGUAAGUAGAUUUUUUUAUGUCUAGAUUUGUCUAGAGGUAUCCAAAGACAUGCCCUUUACACUGAUUAUAGGCUAUGUCAGAAACAGGGUCCUUCCAUUUUCUUCAAUGUAGAUAAAUUUCUUGUAAAAAUUCAAAUAUUCUUCUAUGCGAGAAUUAUGAAAUUCAAGUAGUCCAUUCUGUAGUUAGGUUAUAAUUUUAUAUCAUGCAAUGAGAGUUUUAGUAAUUAAUUGUACAUAUUUAUUUUAAAUAGUAAUUAAAUGCUUGGGCUUUGUAUUGAAAUAUAGCUUAGCUCGCGAUAAAUAAAAAUUGAGCAUUUUUAAAAUGUAUGGUAGGUAACGAUUGAAAGGAUUAGCUGCUUUCAAAAUGUCUGCCGAUGUUUGGCAUGGCAUACGCUAGAUGGCAGCAUGG